AUGGCUUCCAAUUCUAAACACACGGAGUGGAUUUUAGAAACAAUUGAUCAUUUAAGGCGACGCAAAGCUCGACCCGACUUGCAGCGAAUCUGUCAUGUUGUAAGACGGCGGCAUGGACUUAGCGCUGUAGACACCGAGACUAAGUUGGAGAAAUUAGUUGAUGCGGAAAUUGUGAUCAAAGUGGACUAUAAGGGAAGUACUAGCUACCGAAAUGCCGCGAAAUGGAGAAAAAGCAUGCUGGGUUGUGCAGUGCUCAACUCCACAACAAUUUCAACUAAAAUUUUGGAAGCGAUUCUGGAACUGUCGCGAAUGUUUAUAAAAGAGAAACAUGAAAAAGAAGUACAUGGUGGGAAACAAGAAGUUGACACAGCUACUGUUGAGAACAGAGCGCGUGAACAUGCUUCAGACAUUGGCAUUUCGUUAGAAAGUAUCAAUUCAUGGUUGAAGGAGAACUGCGAGGGAUUUGACAACCUCAGAAGUCCUCUGACCGUUGUUCUCAAGCGGGAGAUUGACGCUGGGCGACUGAAGAGGCUCAUGAGCUGCAACUACGUCAUCACGUCUGCCCAGAUGGAGGAGAUUCGCGACAGUAUCAAGCCUUUGAAGAGUAACAAGAAGUCAGAAAGUCGGUCUGUGGAUUCUCCCAGCGCCAAUGAGGAAAGUAAUAGUGGCAGUGACGGCAAGCCAGCUGUUCCAGCAGACCAACGUUCUACAUCAGCCGCAGCUCCAGCAACAUCCUCCAAUACGCCACAGCCUGCCAGGCGUGGUCGACCACCGAAGCACAGACCCACGGUUCUACCACCGCAGACCGCAGGGUCACUACCCGUCGUGACGUCAGCGGUAACUACAACGGCUGCUGGGGUGACCACUCAGUCCAAGCUAAAGAGAAUCCUGACCAGUGAUAACCCAGAACAGACUGGGGAUGGAUCGGAGCAGAAGCUGCCGAAGAAGAUGGAGACUAGAAAGGGAUCAUCUGCCGCUGCAGAACCUGCGUGUGAUUUUUGUAAGCUGACUUCACUGAGCAACCCCAGAGGAGUGCCAGAAACUUUACUACAGUGCAAAGACUGCACAGUCAAAGCUCAUCCGUCGUGCAUGAAUUACUCAAACCUGUUGGCCAGCCGGGCCUAUAGAGGACCAUGGCAGUGUAUGGACUGCAAGACAUGCUGUGUGUGUCAAGAUGCUGGAGACCCUGAUCAGAUGCUGUUUUGUGAUGGCUGCGAUAAAGGUUAUCAUAUGGCCUGUCAUAAUCCAUCAGUUACCAAGAAACCUUCAGGAACAUGGGAAUGCUCCCAGUGCCGGCUAGAGAACCUCUCACUGCAGCGAACUGUGUUUAUGUCCAGGCAAACAAGCCAUCAAACAGUCUCUCAUGAAUCUGCACCACCUACACCUGCAGAAUCACCUGUUCCAACUAAUCCUGUGAGCAGUGCAGACCCACAAGUAGCCUCUACCCCUUGCUAUAUUGGAGAUGGAAGAUAUCCAGAUGCUUCCGGGUGGUCAGUGAAUGAUGUCGUCGACUAUCUCACAUCGGCUGGCUUUCGGGAAGAGGCUAAAGUUUUCAGAGAACAGGAAAUAGAUGGUGUGGCACUGCUGCUUCUGAAGCGAACUGAUGUCCUCCGAGGGUUAGAUCUCAAACUUGGACCUGCUCUUAAGCUGAACAGACAUAUUCAAGGAUUGCAGAUGGCUCACCAGCAAGAGACACUCUAG